UAGAAAAUAAAAAAAGCAAAAAGCAAAGUCCCUAAACCCAUGAAAACCCUGACCCAUUUGAAGGAAAGAAAUCCCUAACCCACGAAAUCGCCUUCGUCCAGCCACCACCGCCUGCCGUCGCGCCCAACUGCCAUCGUCCGUCGUGUCACCGUCAAGGUUCAGUGGGAUCAGAUUCUUAAGUGUCUGAUGUUUAAGGAAGAAUACUAGUUAGGAGACACGUAAAUUCACCAUUGGUUUGUGCCUAUCUAUCUGAUCAGUAAUUGUGAACUUGCCAUAAUCUUUUGGGGUGUAAUUCCUCUUCUGGUGAAAGCUGGAACUUGGAUCAUGUAUGGGAGAACAGCUUACCAACUUGUGAAAGAAUUUGCAAGUGGAGAAAAGGGCCAGCUUGUGCCAUUCAAUAGUGACUUGUUUGAACAAGUAGUUGCAGAAUGCAGUCAACAUCACCUUGAGCUUCAGUCCUUGAUAAGGAAGAUACAAGAUGAAGGUUUGGAUGUCCAAACGGCAAGAAAUGCAGAUCACUAUGGAGCCCUUAUCCACCAUCUUGCUUUAGUCCGAAAUAAACGUUGUCUAAUGGCCUAUGUGUACAAUCGAGCUGAAAUUAUGCGAAGCUUGUUGUGGAAGAUAGGGCAUGUGCUCCCUCAAGAAAUUGAAGAGAAGCUUUGUAAUUCGGAGGAAGAAUAUUUCAAGAAGCAUUCUACAGCAUUGAAAUCUUAUAUGAAGAAACUGCUGGUUGAUCUGACUGUGGAUAUGGUACCGCCAAAAGAUCCUUACAUCCAAGUAAGGGUCCUUGAUGACAUUGGAGAAGGCAUUGUGCUUAGUGAUAAGACUGCCAAUUUUGCCCGCCAUUCAAUGCACUUUCUUAAGCGAACUGAUGCCGAGCCAUUUAUCUCAAAGGGCCUAAUGGAGGAGCUCACCAGUUGACCUGCUACUGCUAGGCUUGUACCUGGAAGAUAUGUAGAUGAGAGGACUAUUUGAGAACUUGAUACCAAUUAUGUUAUAAUAUUUUUUAUCUGGUAAUGUCAUUUUUGUCAAUAUUUUAACGAAUCUUGCUUCAAGAACAAGAACUAGAGCUUCUUUAAUUUGUGUUUUCUAUAUAAACAACACAAAUUCUAGGGUGAUCCACUUUAAUUUGUGGUUUAUGGUGCACUGAGCUUACAUGUUAAAGGUCGACUUAAUAGAUGUGGCUAAAUAAUCUGCCAAUUCUUA